AUGGGGGACAGACAUGGCAACCCCAAGAAGAUCGAGAACUUUGCAGGCGUCGUCAACGCCUUCACCUCCCACUUUGGCAAGGACGACGACCAGACCACUGUGACCGAGCAAGAGAGGAGGGAGAGGCGAGAAGCGGCGUCAGAAGUUGCAGAAUCAUACUACAACUUCGCCUCUGCAGCAUACGAAAGCGGCUGGUCCACCCACUUCCACUACGCCCCCUUCCCGCCCUCAUUUCCUCCGUGCGACAGCACCAUCGCCACGGCGCUGGCCUUUUACGAGCACCGCCUCGCCCUGCUCAUGAACCUGAAACCGCACAUGAAAGUCCUCGACGUGGGCUGCGGCAUCGGCGGGCCCGCGCGGGAGAUUGCUAAGUUUGUGGGCUGCGAGAUCGUGGGCGUGUGCAUCAACCAGACCCAGAUCGAUCGCGCCGUCUACUUGACGAGGAUGGAAGGUUUGCAGGACAAGUGUACCUUUGUGAGGGCAGAUUUUCUGGACCUCCCCUUCGCCCCCGCGUCCUUUGACGCCGCCUACGCCAUCGAAGCGACCGUGCACUCCCCCUCCCUCUUGCAGGUGUACAGCGGCGUCGCGCGCGUGCUCAAGCCCGGCGCCAUCUUCGGCCUCUCGGAAUGGGUCAUGACGCCGAAAUACGACCCGACAGACCAAAGGCACGUGGGGAUGCGCAACCGGGUGGAGAGAGGCAACGGCGUGAGCAACCUGCGCACGAGCGACGAGGCGCGCGAGGCGAUGAAGGGGGCUGGAUUCGAGAUCCUCCACGAAGAGGAUUUCGCCGCGCAUUUCGACUAUGCGAAGAGUCUGGUGGAGGUUUCUGCUCCUGCGAAGACGAAGACGCUGAAAGGGGUGCUCAGGAAGAAUCGGGCCGAAGACAUCGACAUGGAAGGACACGAGAGCACCAGAGCCGAGAACCACAUCCUUUCCUCUCCCACCCCUGGUCCAUUUUCCUCUGAUAGAACCCCCCAAAGCACCGUCCUCGUACCCUUCAAAUCCUCCUCUCUGGCAGGUGACUCCAUCUCCCCCGACGAUGGUGUCUCCCUCCUCCCCGCCCCACCCACAACGACACCCCUCCCCGAUUCCCUCCCAAUCCCCUCCACGACCUUCCGCCCAUGGUACUGGCCGCUCGAGGGCGCGACGCACCUCGCCACCACCUGGACGGACUACUGGACGGCGUGGAAGAUGUCCACGUGGCCGCGCCGCCUGUGUUUCUGGACGGUUUGGGUCGGCGAGCGCGUCGGCCUGUGGGACCGGGGCGUCACGGACGCGAUGACCACGUUGGCGUACUGCGUCGACAGUACGGCCGAGGCGGGCCGCGAGGGGAUCUUCAGUCCCUGUUGGUGGUUCGUUGGUCGGAAGGUGGGGGAUCACCAUCAUGAUGAGGAUGAUGAUGACGACGGAGAGGGCGGAGGUGCGGAUCUAGAUGGACGCGGACAGGGACAGGGACAGGGCUACGGGAGAGUCAACGCCAAUGGCAAUGGAGAUGGAGAUGGUGGCGGCAGCGGUAGCGGGGAAGGCGAGGGAGGAUUUGAGUGUCCUUAUAUGUAUUGA